GCGGAAAGGUCACGUGUCGCGUCCACGCGUUGGGAGCUGGCAAACUUCCCAAUGCCUCCCGUUCGAUCCUCCUUCCGCUCUCUUCUUCUUUUGCAUUUUCCCACCCAGCUCAUCAUCUCUUUCUCCAACUUCUACCUUCUCCACCUGUCAUUGCUAGGAAUCGUAUUUGUCUCGGGAUCUUUAUUCUUCAUCCUGCAUGACACCUUACAAUGGCACUGGUCUGCAAAGGGGCUUCUUCGUCGAAGCGACCCACCCUCUGCCGUUUGCGGGCGAAUUUGAUUGUCUUCACGAUUCACGAUUCACGAUUUACAGAUAAUCGAGUACAAAGAUACUGAGCAUUAGUGUGGCAGAAUAAACUCGACGGGCCAGGGACUCAGAAUUGAACCAAUCUAUAUGAUCUAAUCAGAUCUCGAUCCAUUCAAGCUUUUUGCCACUCAGUCUUCCGCACUCGAACACACCCUUAAGGAACCUCUUAAGUCCCUCAUUACCUC